ACCAAACACAAAAAAAGCAAGUGGAAAAGAAGAAAAAUUAAGCACAUCUAUUACAGGAUUUAUCAGUUACUUUUUGUCUGUCCCAGUCUGUCCGGAAGCAUCAAUAGUUGAAGAAAAGAAGAGAUCAGAGCGAGGGCACACAGCCUGCUCUGCACACUGCCUCAUGGGCACCAGCUGGACCAAGGUGAAACAGCUUAAUUUGAGAAAUGACCUAACAUGAUGACACCUUCUAUAAUCAAUAGACACGUGCUAUUGGAAUGUCCCUAGUAGUCUGCUAUGAUCCCAGCUGCUGCUCUUCACAAAUGUUUUCAAGUGACCAACUUCAUGCUUACACAGAGGCAAGGAUUGCUGGGAAAAGGAACUCUUACACCACGAUGUAACAAAUCCUACUGAAAUUAAGCCAAAGCUGGAGCUGUGUUUUAGUCCAGCAACUGAAAGAUUGUGUUACCUCUGAGCAGGCCUAGGAGUAGCUCAGGAGGCUAGGGGAGCUGAAGUGCUUCCUUGGGUGAGAAUGCUUAGGGCCAAAGGCAAGAGACUUGCCUGAGAAAGGUUUAAUUAGUUAACUUACCUACCCAGGGGCUGCUGCAGUGGAGAACAGCAAGGUUUCAGUGUAGCCAGUGGGUAAUUAGGUACUGAGCUGGGUUUCCAUUUUCUGCUCUCAUACAUAGGAGAAUUCUGGGCCCCACCUCUUUCCUACUUUCUUGUUGCCUUCUGCUGAAGGCUGGCUGGAUGAGAAGCCAUCAUCUACUAGUGAAGGUGCAGCUUUCCUUAACAGCCCUUGGGUGGCUUUAGUUUGUGUUGUGCUGAAAAAGUUACAUCAAAGGUGGACAAGAAGGAAUCAGAGAACAGCACUGAGGAACUUACCGCAGAUACAGGGCAAGCAAAGCCAAGGAGAGGGAUGCUUUGUUUUGGGUGAUUCUAAGAGACCUAGUGAGGAUUACAAAAAGAAGUUUGGACUUUUCAUCCUGCCAGAUGGAGCAUUAGGCUUCUAAUUAAACUGAAGUGGUAUUCUGAGUGGCUGAGAGUGUGCAGCAGCCUAUUCAGAGGCAGAGCACACGGGUGCUGUGCAGCCAGGCAAUUGCUAUCACAUGAGAAAUUGUUGGUGGACAACACAAAGAUCUGAAGGACUUCAUCUUUCAGGACUGCCCGUCCUGACCUCUGAUAUUUGCUAUUAUCAGAACUCAAGAAGCCAUUAAUAAGAGUCACAGACAGUGAACCAGAAUGCUGCGAAAGGGCAGAGAGAACACACCCAAGCAGGGGCUGUGCUGGAGCAGCCACGGGCAGGACUGGGGGGGUCCUGGCCAGUCAGGGCCACUGAGGGUGGCUGAGAUGGGCUGGAGGACGUGUAGCUCCUUUCCCUGACACCAGCAGGAUUGGCCCUCGCUGCUUUCCUCAGAACUUGGGGACGGAAACCACACAUCUCCUUCUGCCACGCCUGGAGCAAGACUGAGGCUGGAGGACGCCGCGGAGCUGCCGCCGCGCUGGCUGUGAGUCAGGACAGGCACAUGAGGCCCAGCGCCCGCCCGGCCGCCAUUGCUGCACACGCCCGGCCCUGGGAUCCCAGCCCACGGCACAGCCCUGCAGAGCGUUCCAACAACUGCACAGAGGAGCACAUAAGAAGAACUACAAACCAGGUACAGGAAUGGAGAACUUGAAUGUCCCCUUCUCAGAUCUCACUGAAGAACAGCAAGACAUUUUCCAGAGGGCUUUUACUGCUGAUGCCAGUUACUUGGAGAAUCAUGAGAAAAUGAACCAGUCCUUUUGGGAAUCACUUGUAAAAAGUUUAGCCACCACUGACCCACCUAUACUGAAUACUGAAGAAAAGAACAAUCUCCUCAACAGCUGCAAUGUCCUGCCUGGGGGCUGUGUAACCUGCCUGAAAGCCAUAAAGAAGAAAGGAGUCAGGGCAAUGGCUGUUCUUUACCUUUUACUGAAGAUGACCAACCCAUCUGGAUACAGGCAGCUGCCCAGCUCCAAGGGAAAGGAUGUAAAACUGAAAAUCUUAAAGCGAUUGGAAAGGAAUCUCAUGCUUUCACAAGAUGAAAAAAACUCUGACAACUCAUCCCAUGAGUCUGUGGAUGAAGAUACACAAGACAGUGAUGUGGACGAUUUAGGAAGUCAGAAGACUGAAGUCCAAUUAGUUGGAGGUUUACCAGCAGAGGUUGGUCUCUACGGAGAUUCAGAGAUUACCAGAAGAGAAGAUUCAAUUUCAGAUGCAUAUGAGAAGAACACUCACCUCCAUCAGUGGGCAGUUCGGUGGAUGGGCAUACGGAAGGAUGAUGAAUUCUUUCAUUUUGUCAUUCUUUGCUUUGCGAUUGGAGCUUUACUAAUCUGCUACUACUACUACAAAGAUUGGACUAUUUCUCUUGGAAGUGGUUUAAUCACCUUUGCUUCUCUGGAAACCACUGGGAUAUACUUUGGUCUAGUGUAUCGAAUUCGAAGCGUACUUCACAGUUUUGUUCCUCUGAUUGACAAACUCAGGAUAAGAGGUGUGAGGAAAGCUGCCUAGGAGGAGUAUUUCAGGAGACAUCCACAAAACCCUGCUGCCUGACUCUACAGUAUUAGAAGAACUGCUCUUGAGGCAAGCAUAAAAACCUGUGGUUAGUGUGAAAUACUGGACUGUUAAACCAUAUAAGGACAUAAUUUCCUCCUCUCAAAAGUAAAACUAAAAUUGCAUUACA